UGGGGCGUGUUGUGCUGUCACGGCCAUGGCGGGGACGGAGCUGCUGCGGCGCCUGAGCCGCCGGGCCUGGGAGCCCGCGCUGGCCCGGGCGCACCGCGCCGCCGUCCUGCUGGACGCGCCGGCCGCCGAGGCCCUGCACUGGGGCGGCGGGGCAGGCGAGCUGCUGGCGGCCGGGGCGCUGGCUGUCGGGGCGCUGUCCUCGGAGGCGGCGGUGGCGGCUGGCGCGGCCCGCGUCCUGUUCGUGCUGAGCGGGGCGCUGCGGGGCGGCGCGGCGGCCGCGGUGCGCACCGUGCUGGGGCAGGGCGCCGUGCGGCACUGCGUGCUGGUGUGCGGCGGCGAGGCGGAGGGCGACGGGCCGGCCGAGCUGGAGGAGACCUUGCGGCACUGGAUGGGCGAGGGGGGCCACGCUGAGGUCGUGCUGCGGGGCCCGCCGCUCCUGGCGCCCGUCUCGGCGGAACUUUGCCUGCUGCCCGCCCUGGCGGCGCUCCUCCCGCCGCUGCCCGGCCCUGGUGGCCCCGGCCCCGCGGAGGUCGGGCUGGGUGCACUGCCCGCCGAGUUGCGGGCGGCCGUGCGGGCCCUGGUGGGCGACCUGGACGCUCUGUUCUCCGCCCUGGGCCUGCGAGAGGAGAGCUUCGCCGUGGGGGCCCUCAGCAGGAUCGUCGCCGCUGAGCUGGCAGGCUACGCCCCAGCCAGGAACAGGAGGAGGACUGCCACCAACAAGGCCUCUGUCGUCUUUGUGGACAGGACGUUGGACCUCGCUGGAGCAGUUGGUCAUCAUGGUGACAAUCUUGCAGAGAAGAUACUUUCUGUGCUUCCCAAGCUUCCUGGCCACAAGACUGAUGUGAUGGUUAACAUGGUGGAACUUACAGCACUGCAGUCUACAGAUGAAACUUGCAGUAUUAUAGCACCUGGCUGCUUAGCACAACCAAAUGAUCCAGCUGCCAAAGCUCUCUGGGAGUCCUUCAUGAACCUCAAACAAAAGGAAGCUGUGAUGGAGGCCAGGAGACACCUUGUGGAGGCUGCAAGCAGAGAAAAUUUACCUAUUAAGAUGAGCAUGGGCAGAGUCACCCCAGAACAGCUCAGUUCAUACAUUAAGCUUUUCAGAAAUAAUCUUAAAGCUUUGGAGAACCAUUGUGGUCUUCUACAGCUUGUACUGGCCACAGUCCAGACUUUGAAACACCCUCAGACUUCCAAAUGGGACAACUUCCUUGCCUUUGAGAGAUUACUUCUGCAAACUAUUGGUGAAUCAGAAAUGCCCAGUGUUUUGAACCAGUUGUUGCCAAUGAUCAAGUCUUACAAUGAGAGAACGAAAGAUGAUUAUACCUGUGAGGACUUCCUUGUCUUGCUGGUAUACAUAUAUUCUGUGGUUGGAGAAAUCGAAAGUGGAAAAGAGCUGGAUGCAGCUGAAGAAGAGGUGAAAAAGGCCCUAGUCAAGGCAAUUUGUGACGAGCCAGAGCCAUCUCCUUUGUUGCAGAAAAUUACAGGCUGUGACUCCUUACUGAACCUGACAUCUCAGAAAGCCACAGAUGCAGUGGACAGUAUCUUUCAGUCCCUCAGGGAUAUUACAAGAGUUCGAAUGCACAUGAAACAGUUUAAUUCCAUACGUAAUCCAGGCAGCAACACCCACCAGGCUUCUUACAAACCACUGCUGAAACAGGUCAUGGAAGAGAUCUGUAAUCCUGAUCGACUUGAUCCUGUUGAUAUUGAGCAUAUGUCAUCAGGCCUCACUGAUCUCCUUAAAACUGGAUUCAGCAUGUUCAUGAAGGUGAAUCGCCCUCACCCUGGUGAUCAUCCUCUUCUGAUCAUCUUUAUGGUUGGUGGAGUGUCAGUCUCUGAGGUCAAAAUGGUGAAGGAUUUGGUAGCAACACACAAACCUGGUACCCAGGUAAUCGUGCUCUCCUCUGCACUCCUGACACCACAUAGUGCUGUUGAGUUGUUGUUUGCCCCAGACCAUCUCCAGCCUGACACUGAUAUCUGACAGGGGAGGAUCUGUGGAGAAGAUGAGUGAGUGCCUCACCCGGAAACAUCAAAUCCCUGGUCUGUCGUUCUUCUCAGUAGCCCUCCAAAAACUGACGUGUCACCUGCUACAGUUACAGCUCCAGGUGAAGCAGCUGGGUAUCUGGCUGAAAGGGAACAUGUGCAGCUAAUGGGCAGCUCUUCAAAAUGGUCCAGUUGUCCAGCAACAAGUCCCCCCUCCUUAACAAUAGCACUGUGCAGAUUGAAUCGCUCCCAACCCCAUUUGAUGUAGUGAGGGUGAUUGUAAUAAUUCCCUAGAAAAGGAGCAGCUGAGAACCAGGUGAUGCUGAAUUUUCCCUCCCCAACAAGCAGUACUUUUUUCUCUGAAAAUUCUUAAAGGUUUUGCUGGGGUUUCGUUUGGUGGGAAAUGCUGCUGAGGGAGUGAAAGGCUAGCAAAAUCCACCCUUCGUCAUGCUACCUUGCAAAAUAUGUGUGCCUUAUACAAUGUGAACAGCCUCUGCUCUUACUUCAUCCCUCACUGCAGAGAGAUCAUGGAGCACAGCCCUGAUUUAGCUGGCACAGCAGCUCCCAGUCCAGUGAUGCUCUACUGGCAGGACUGGUAGAGGCAGGGAAGCUGAGAAUCAGACUCAAGGCCUGGGUUACAUGGCUGCUUCUCUCUCAGCUUUCUGUUUCCUGCUCUAGUUUCUCCACCCACAGUCCCAGAAGAAAAGAUUGUUUCUGACAGCACACAUAUCUAGAUUUACACAGGAGGGCAUAUGGGCUGUGUUGGUUGGAUAAUAACCCUGGAAGAAUCUCCCCUCACAUGGAUUUGAAAAAAAAGAGAAAAAAAAAAAGGCAGGGUCACAUUUUCAAGAGGCUACAGCACAGAUCCAUUCUUGAAUUAGAUUUAUGAACAGCAUGAUUAGAGAACUGCUUUUAUUUUAUGAUCACAGAAGAGCUGCAGUCAAAUUCAGUUAUGUAAUUUUUUUUAUAAAACUUUGCUACAAUCUGUUAUAAAAAGGCAGCAGCCAAUAGAAAUUGUAGUUGCAUAUAGCACGAAGAUUUCCGAAUUGCAGCAUAAAAUGGUGGAGCUCUAAAGCUGCAUCCUCUUUCUUCAUUAAGGAAUGCUAUGACUACAGCUUACGAGAUGAGAAUGUGAAAUUAUAAGUGGCAUUCACUCUAUCAUAGCAUUCUUUACCAUGCCAAAGAGUAGCUUAAAUGGGAAGUUUUCUACAUUUUCACUAGCUAGCAUUAGUUCUCCUAAAUGUUUAUAAUGGUCUUCAGAAAAGGGUGCAUUUUGGUUUAAGUUCACUUUCGAGUGGCUGGAAGGAAACAAUGGACCAAUUAUAAAGCAUGGACAAUGUCGCCUCUAUGGAAGAGAAAUUUAUAGGAAUGACUAUAGAAUGGAACUUUGUGCUACAAAAAAUGAGAAAUGUUAUGUGAUUGCAAUAUUAAAAUCGCAAGGAAUAGUUUGAAUAGAGCAACUGGAAAGCAAACAGCCAGUCUCUUGGUUUCUUUUCGCUCAUUCUGUACUGUUUAAUCUUAGAAUAUGGUUGUUUUGCAAAUUCUGUAAUCAAUAAAGCAAUGCUUUUACAGUGCCAAA